AUGGCUUGUGAGAAAAACCACAUUCAAAGUUUCAACAAAGUUGGGAUCAUUGGAGCAGGAAUUAGUGGCAUUGCUGCCGCUAAAGAGCUUCGACAUUACAGUCCAUUGGUGUUUGAGGCCACUGAUUCAAUUGGGGGUGUUUGGAAACAUUGUUCUUUUAGUUCUACUAAACUCCAAACCCCUCGAUGUGAUUUUGAGUUUUCAGAUUAUCCUUGGCCCGAAAGGGAUAAUGCAAGUUUUCCUUCCCAUGUUCAAGUAGUGGAAUACUUGCAUAACUACGCUACAUAUUUUGAUGUGUUGAAACAUGUCAAGUUCAACUCAAAGGUGUUACAUAUUCGGUAUGUGGGUGGUGACCGUCAAACCACCCAACCGGAAAUGAAACCAAAAGAGUAUGGGACUUUAUUGAACGGCUAUCCUGUUUGGGAGGUAGCUGUCAACACUAACCAAUCCACCAAAGUUGAGUGGUAUGCUUUCGAGCUUCUUGUGGUAUGCAUUGGGAAGUAUGGAGACAUACCAAGAACGCCAGUAUUUCCACCCAAUCAAGGUCAAGAAAAAUUUCUCGGCAAAGUCCUGCACUCCAUGGAUUAUUCUAAGCUCGACAAAGAUGCUGCUUAUGAGCUCCUCAAAGGAAAAAAGGUUGCCGUUGUUGGCUACAAAAAAUCAGCUAUUGAUUUUGCUGUAGAGUGUGCCCUUGCAAACCAAGGACCAGAAGGGCAACCAUGCACAAUGGUGAUAAGGACUUUACAUUGGACUAUUCCUUCAUACUGGAUUUGGGGCUUGCCAUUUUUCUUGUUGUUCUCAACAAGGUCUUCUCAAUUUCUCCAUGAAAGGCCACACCAAACCUUGUUGAAGAACCUUCUAUGCCUUCUUUUAUCUCCUAUGAGAAGAGGAAUUUCCAAGUUCGUAGAGUCUUAUUUGGCAUGGAAGCUUCCCCUAGAAAAAUAUGGGUUGAAACCAGCACACCCAUUUGUGGAGGAUUACGCAUCUUGCCAAAUGGCUAUCUUGCCUGAGAAUUUCUUUGAAGAGGCAGACAAAGGAAAUAUACUGUUCAAAAAAGCGUCAAAAUGGUGGUUUUGGAGUAGAGGAAUUGAAUUUGAAGAUAAAACCAAAUUAGAGGCUGAUGUUGUGCUUCUUGCCACUGGUUAUGACGGAAAAAAGAAGCUACAGAAUUUAUUACCUGAACCCUUUUCUAGUCUGGUUGUAGACUCUUCUGGGAUCAUGCCCUUGUACAGGGGCACGAUUCAUCCAUUGAUUCCGAACAUGGCUUUCGUGGGAUAUAUUGAGAGUGCGUCAAACCUGCAAACGGCAGAGUUGCGGUGCAAAUGGCUAGCUAGACUUGCAGAUGAGAAAUUCAAGCUUCCUAGUAUUGAAAAGAUGCUUGAACAAACAAAUGAAGAGAUACAAGUCAUGAAAAGAACUACCAGAUUUUACAAGAGACAUUGCAUUUCUACUUAUAGUAUCAACCACAGUGACGAUAUUUGUGAAGAGAUGGGAUGGAACUCUUGGAGGAAGAACAAUUGGUUCUCAGAAGCUUUCAGCCCUUAUAAUAGCCAAGACUACCAAGAAAAGAAAGAAAUUUAA